AUGCGCUAAACGUCUAGAAUCAGCUUCUGUUUCCUAUUUUGUGUCAACACGCAAUCCGAAGUGUCAGCACCACGCGAUCAGCAUCUAAAAUUCAGUUUCCUAUUCCUAUUCAAAGUCCUACUUCUAUUUCAAUUAGGGUUUCUAAAAUCCUAUAAAUACUCAUCCAAAUUCAGAAUGAAGAGAGCUUGGAGAGGCUUGUAGCAGCCUUCUUUGGGCACUCUUAGAGAUCAAGAUUGAGAGAAUGUGGGAGACUUUGAAAGAGGAUGUAAUGGGGUAUUUCUCAGAAUUCCACAACGCAGGGAGAAUUGUGAAGGGAGCUAACGCCUCGUUUUUGGCUUUGAUUCCUAAAGUCGACAACCCACAGAAGAUUGAAGAGUACAGACCCAUUUCGUUAAUAAACUCGAUGUACAAGAUGCUUUCUAAAGUUCUAGCAAACAGGUUAAAGACAAUGAUGGAUGAUUUAAUUGUGUUGGAUGAGGCAAGAAGUAAAAAGAUAAAAGGCUUUUGCUUUAAAGUGGACUUUGAGAAGGCAUAUGAUAGAGUCAGUUGGGCUUUUCUGGACUACAUGCUGAAGAGAAUGGGUUUUAACCAUGUGUGGUGUCAGUGGAUGAAAGAGUGCAUGCAUUCAGCGAGCAUUUCAGUAUUGGUAAACGGAGGCACGACAAAGCAAUUUUCACCCUCAAGAGGACUGAGGCAAGGAGAUCCCCUAUCCCCAUUUUUAUUCCUGCUAAUUGCCGAAGGCCUAAAUGGCCUCAUUUCAUCAGCUAAGGAGAAGGGGUUGCUGAAAGGAUUGAAGAUUGGAAAUGGAGGAAUCGAAAUCACUCACCUCCAAUUUGCCGAUGAUAUGAUCAUGUUUGGGAGGGCAGAGGAUAGUAAUGUAUGGGUAGUGAAGUGCAUUAUGAGAGUGUUUGAACUUAUUUCCGGGUUGAAAAUAAAUUUUGACAAAAGCCUACUAUAUGGAUUGAAUGUGGAAGAAGAAUGGGUGGAGAAAACAGCUUGGAGUCUUAACUGUAGAAGAGGUCCUUUACCAUUUAAAUACCUCGGGAUUCCAAUUGGGGGUAAUCACCGAAGACUCACAUUUUGGAGGCCAUUGAUUCAGGGUUUUAAGAACAGAUUGGCAUCUUGGAAAGGCAAACUACUGUCCCUUGGUGGAAGAAUCACUCUUGUUAACUCUGUGUUGUCCAGCCUACUGGUGUUUUUUAUGUCUUUCUUUUUUGUUCCAAAAGGAGUGAUUAAUGAACUUGAAAAAAUACGGAGGGAUUUUCUUUGGGGAAAGAAGGAGGGAGGGGGAGGAAUUAGUUGGGUUAAGUGGGAUAGUGUGUGCAAACCUAAGGAAGAAGGUGGAUUAGGAGUUAGGGACCUUAGAACUUUCAAUAUAGUUCUAUUAGGAAAGUGGUGGGGUAGGAUGGCAGGAAAGGAAAGGGGCCUAUGGAAAAGAGUGCUGAAUACAAAAUACGGGGUUGAAGAAGGAAGGUGGUUGGAAUGGGUGAGGGGUGAGAUUAAGGGGGGCUCAUAUUGGUGGAGGGACUUAUGUAGAAUAAAUUUUAUUUUACCAAAUAGAGAGAAUUGGUUAGGAGAGGGCUUCAACAUUCAUUUAGGGGAUGGAGGGGGUAUUAGAUUUUGGAAAGAUGUAUGGUUAGGAGAGGUGAACUUAGCUACCCGUUUCCCCAAACUUUUUCUCUUGUCUACAGGAAAAGAUAACAAAAUCCAGCAGAUGGGGGAGUGGUAUAACAACAUGUGGCAAUGGAAGUUGACAUGGAGACGGAGUAUGCGCGGGUGGGAAGAAGAAAAGUUGCAAGAGCUCUUUAACUUGAUGCUUAAUAUCACGUUAGACAGAGGGCAACAGGAUGCAUGGUGUCGGAGGCAUACCAAGGAGGGAAUUUACACAGCAAAGUUGGGAUACUUGUUGCUAAGAGACCAACAAGGAGGGGAUGAUACAAAAUUAUUCAGAAAAGUGUGGAACAAAUACAUCCCAAACAAGCCUUGUGUGGCUUCUGCGGGGCGGCACUGGAAGAUACCAACCACUUGUUCUUGGAAUGCCCCUUUGUAGUAAAAUUGUGGUGGAAAUGUCAAGAAUGGUGGGGACUGAGCUGUGUGAAUUAUAAUGAGUGUAGGAAGGCUUUUGUUCAGCAUGUCUUCUAUUCAAAAAACAAAUGGGUUAGGCAGGUCUGGGAAACCAUUUGGUUUGGCCUCACAUGGACCAUAUGGUUAGCAAGAAAUGAACAAAUUUUUA